GGUCGUUCUGUCUCAUUCUCUGUGGUGCUCCACACAGGAAACGCUCCGUCGCACUUGUCGGCACUGAAAUAUUGAACAUGGUUCUGCUUAAACUGCUUAUAUUGACUUUAACGUUUUAUGAACUCAUUGUUGAUUUGGAUGCUAAGACUUGUCCAAAAGGUCAAAGACAAAUUUAUCGUCGCGGAAACAUAAACUGUGAAAGCUGUCCCAAUGAGUUUUAUCAGCCUGAAGAGAAUCCUUCCCAAUACUGCAAACCAUGUACAAGGUGUGAGACCGCAAAGGGAAGUGUUGUUAAAGAGAAUUGCACGAAAGUGACCAACAGAAAAUGUCAGUGCCGUGGAAAGUUUGUUCCCUCACAGAGCGAUUCCUCCAUUUGCAAAUGCGACAUUGGAUUUGGACUAAAGGAUACAGGUACAGAGAUCGAACACUGCAUACAGUAUAUAAAAGAAAUGGUCUUUUUAAUAAUUCAUAAUUUUUUCUUGCCAGAAUGUUUAAUGUGUGAUCACGGAUAUUUCAGCACACAAAUCAACUCGCCCUGUGAAAAAUGGAGAGAAUGUAAAUCAGGAGUGAAAAUUCCUGGAACCAGAACCUCAGAUGUCAUCUGUAAUCCGGAGUUGAACCCUAACGAAAUUACACCCCCCAUAUCAAACAAAAAUGUGUCUUUAAUCACACGGUUAACAACCAAGCAUCCACUUGAGGGGGCCCAAACUCAGAGGAUGCACAGUACCACCACCACCACCACCACCACCACCACCACCGCAAUCCCCUCAAGGGACCCCACCCAAGACACAGGCAACUACAUUGGUACAGGUAUGGCCCUCCUCAUAUUUGGAAUUAUUGGUCUGCUUGUACUGACUGCUCUGACCUGCAAGCUGCACAUUACUCCUCAACCAGCAGUACUACCAAAAAAUGACUCAUUGUGUCGGAGGCCAGUUGAGGAAAGCGGCGAUGGCAGUCUGUCCUCUCUCAAACUGUAUCCAGGGGAUCACUAUGGUGAUGAAUCUGUCAACUAAAACUGUGAAUUUUUACAUUGUCAUGUGAAUCAUUUCCGACUGAUAAUUUAUGUUGUCCUUACAUUGCUGGUUUUUCAUGAACAAAAACAUCAGAAAAACUAUUUACUGUAUCUGUAUUGUAGCAGAUGUAUUCACAAACUGCAGUUUGGUCAAUACUUUAGUUUUUUGUUGUAUAGAAUAUUGGGCGAAUUAUGUAAAAGAUUUGUCUAAAUCAUACCUCACUUUUGGCCAUUUAACUGUAGACUAAAGUAAAAUAGUAACAGGUAGCAGUAAGGAUGUAAAAAUAGAUGUUUUGCUUUCUUAAUUAAGAUAAUUUUGCUUAACAAGUCACUUUCUGUGUGACGUUAAUAUUUAAUACUAAUUUGGAUAUGGAUAACCUCAGAUCAUGCCACUAAAUACCUUAGUAUUUUAUAUUAAAGUAACAAUCCUUAAUACUCUUGCUAAAGUGCAAUAUAUACAUAUAUUUUUGAUGCUUUUUUAAACCUUAUGAUGUUAUAUAAUGUAAUAUGGUUUAAUGGGGCAAGUGAUAAGUUUCUGAGAAAUAUACAGUAAAGGUAACAAUCAAUACAAUUGAACAAUUAACUGUUGGAGAGCCUUAGAAAAACAUUUUACUUUCUUCUUGCAGUCUUACUGUCUCUAUUUUUGGUCAUGUUUUGUUUAUUCAGUUCUGUUCCACUGUUAGCAGAGCUGUAAAGCUGAGAACAGUAAAAAAAAAAACAUGCUUUUAGUGGUGUGUGGGGUUGGGGGAUUUUCCCUUGAGUUAAAUGUGCCUCUUUUCCCACUGAGAGGUACUUCCUCUCAUGUUUUCGUCUCAGCAGUUGGAAAGAUUGAUGUUGUUAAUGUGAAUAAUUUCAUGUUUACUUCACUGGAGACUUUCCCCAAAUCAACCAGUACAGUCAAAGGAGUUAUGAAAGCAUGCUCUCAUUAUUUGUAUUCACUUACGUUUCGCUAAGAUAUCAGAUUAAAAGUAGAAUAGUAGAAUAUAUUUGGAAAAAGUAGUUUGGUUCCAACUCAUUGAUUCCUUUGACAGCGCCCUCUGUUGGAAUACUUCAGGGGGAAAAAUAAACUUCUGUUGCAAGUAAAAGUCCUAAAAAUCCUACUUAAGUAAAAUUACUGAAGUUUAAGCAGUAAAAUGUGAAAAUACGAAAGGUAAAAGUAGGCCUAUACUCUGCAGAAAAAUGGAUAAUAUUUUAUCAUUUACUAUUUUUAGAUUGUUAAUACUGCAUCAGUGUGCAAGCAGCAUUUUACUGUUGUUGCUGGUCAAGGUGGAGCUUGUUCUAUUGUUUAUAUACAGUCAGCUAGUUUAGUCCAGCGGUUCCCAACUUAAGGGUCGGGCCCCUCCAAAGGGUCACCAGAUAAAUCUUAGGGGUUGUGAGAUUAUUCUCUAAUCUUUGAAUUGUAUGUAUUUAAAUUAAAUCUGAGAAGUUUAGAGGGGAAAUGUCCCUUUGUUGGAACUGCUAACAACAGCUUUUAUGUGAGAGGUCACAUGACAAAAGGUUGAAAAACCUCUGGUUUAAGUUUAUUAUAUGUUUUUGUAUAAAAAAAUCUUAAUCUGAAAAGUAACUACAAUAUCCGUCAAAUAAAAGUUGUAAAAAAAAGUACAAUGUUGCUCUAUGAAAUGUAGUGAAGAAGUAUAGACUAUCAUAAAAUGGAAAAAGAUACCUCAAAAUUGUAGUUACUUAAGUAUAGUACUUGAGUACAUGUACUUCUUCUACUACUUCUUCACUGUAUAGCCCUUGUUUUGACUUUGGGUCAAAUUGACCCGUUUUAAAUGUUUGUUUUAUGUCAGAAAAUAUGAGACGUAGAAAUAAGUGCUGAAAAUGUGUAGAAGAAAAAUUUAUCAAUUUAAAACAAACUGUGAAAAAACUCCUUCAAGGUUAACGGAAGGACAACACAAAGUAGUUGCUAUGUGACUCUUGGUAAAGCAUGUUUUUUGUAAAAUAUUUUGUCUCUGAUAUUUGUUCUCCAUUUGCAAUCUGAUGUCCUGAGAGUGUGUGAAUAAAGAAUUGCCUUUUGUAAGAACUACCAAA